AUGGACCGGGUGAGCAGCUCCAUGAAGCAGGUGCCCAACCCGCUGCCCAAGGUGCUGAGCCGGCGCGGGGGUGGCGGCGGCGGCGGCGGCCUGGAGGCGGAGCGCGAGGGCUUCGAGCGCAGCCAGACCGUCAGCAUCAAUAAGGCCAUUAACACACAGGAAGUGGCUGUCAAGGAGAAGCACGCCAGAACAUGCAUCCUGGGAACCCACCACGAGAAAGGAGCUCAGACCUUCUGGUCCGUCGUGAACCGACUCCCCCUCUCCAGCAACGCCGUGCUCUGUUGGAAGUUCUGCCACGUGUUCCACAAGCUCCUCCGCGAUGGACACCCAAAUGUCCUGAAAGACUCUGUGAGGUACAAGAACGAGCUGAACGACAUGAGCAGGAUGUGGAGUCAUCUGAGUGAGGGCUACGGGCAGCUGUGCAGCAUCUACCUCAAACUGCUGAGAACCAAAAUGGAGUUCCAUACGAAAAACCCCCGGUUCCCAGGCAAUCUCCAGAUGUCUGACCGGCAGCUUGACGAGGCAGGAGAAAACGACGUCAAUAACUUCUUCCAGCUGACGGUGGAGAUGUUUGACUAUUUGGAGUGUGAGCUGAACCUGUUCCAGACGGUAUUCAGCUCCUUGGACAUGUCUCGCUCCGUGUCGGUCACUGCUGCUGGCCAGUGCCGGUUGGCCCCGCUGAUACAGGUGAUACUGGACUGCAGCCAUCUCUAUGACUACACUGUUAAACUCCUCUUCAAGCUGCACUCCUGCCUCCCCGCUGACACACUGCAGGGCCACAGGGACCGUUUCCUGGAGCAGUUCAGAAAGUUGAAAGAUUUGUUCUAUCGCUCCAGCAACCUGCAGUACUUUAAACGGCUGAUUCAGAUCCCACAGCUCCCAGAGAAUCCGCCCAACUUUCUGCGGGCCUCGGCUCUGUCGGAGCACAUCAGUCCCGUGGUGGUGAUCCCGGCUGAGGCCUCGUCCCCAGACAGCGAGCCCAUCACCGAUCUAGUGGAGACGGACACAGCGUCACAACAGAGCUUGUUUGACAAUAAGUUUGAUGACAUCUUUGGCAGUUCGUUCAGUAACGAUCCUUUCAACUUCAGCAGUCAGAAUGGGAUGAACAAGGAUGACAAGGACCGGUUGAUCGAGCAGCUGUACCGGGAGAUCGGUGCGCUGAAGGAGGAGCUGGAGAACUUCAAGGCAGAGAGCCAUCGCCUAGGGGUGCAGCUGAGGGGACGGAUCAGCGAGCUGGAGGCAGAGCUAGCGGAGCAGCAGCACCUCAAGCAGCAGGCCCUGGACGAGAGCGAUUUCCUGCACACCGAGUUGGAGGAGCUGAAGAAGCAGUGGGAGGACACUGAGAAAGCACAGAGGAGCCUGACGGAGAUUGAGAGGAAGGCGCAGGCUAACGAGCAGCGGUACACCAAGCUGAAGGAGAAGUACAGCGAGCUGGUGCAGAACCAUGCUGACCUGCUGCGCAAGAACGCAGAGGUCACCAAGCAGGUAACGGUAGCGAGACAGGCCCAAGGCGAUGUGGAGCGGGAGAAGAAAGAGUUAGAGGACUCCUUCCAGCGCGUGAGCGAGCAGGCCCAGAGGAAGGCUCAGGAACAGGCAGAGGUCUUGGAAACCUUGAAGAGAGAGCUCACAGCCAGCAAGCAGGAGCAGCAGGCCCUCCAAAGCACUCUGAAAUCCAGUUUGCAGUCGGAAGCAGAGCGUAGCACCAGGACAGCGGGCUUGGAGCAGGAGAGGGACACCCUGGUGGUGGCAGUGGCCCAGCGCAGCCAGGAGGUGGCGGCAUUGCAGGCCGAGUUGCAGCAGCUGAAGGACACUCUAGACAGCGAGAAGGAGAGCAGCAGUAAAACGCUGGAGACACUGCAGACCCGGCUGGGAGAGAAGGAGAGCCGUGAGCAAGCCCUCCAGCAGCGGCUCCUGGACGAGCAGUUUGCCUUGCUGAAGUGCACGGUGCAGGAGGCUGAGCAGAUGGUGCAGGACUCCCUGAACCGACUCGACGACCCCGCCCACAUCAGCUGCACAAGCUCUGCAGAUUAUCUCCUGUGCAGAACGUUGGCUGCCUCCGACUGCAUAGAGCGGCUCCAGGGCGCGCAUGGCAAAUACCUUUCCAACCGCUCAGAUGUAAGCAGCCUGCUGCCAUGCGUGGCCCUGUUUGCCCACCUCAUCAGCGACACCAUCUUGCAGGGCAGCGCCACCUCCCACAUGGUCCCUAUGGAGCUUGCUGACUUGCUGUCGGAGAUGUGUAAGCAGUGCGGGAGCGAGGCCCUGAGCUACCUUGGUGCCCUGAAAGAUGAGGCCUCCCUGGGGGGCGCCGACUGCACCGCCGUGAGAAACUGCCUGAGCCGAAUCAGCGCCAUCGGAGAGGAGCUUCGGCCCAAAGGCCUGGACGUCGAGCAGGAGGAGCUGGGGGACCUGGUGGACAAGGAGAUGGCAGCUACGUCAGCAGCUGUCGAGAUGGCAGUUGCCAGGAUAGAGGAUAUGCUCAGCAAGUCUCGGGCUGGGGACACCGGGGUCAAGCUGGAGGUCAAUGAGAGGAUUCUGGGCUCCUGCACGGACCUGAUGCAGGCUAUCCAGGUGCUAGUCCUGGCUUCUAAGGACCUCCAGAGGGAGAUUGUGGAGAGCGGAAGGGGCGCAGCGUCCCCCAAGGAGUUCUACGCCAGGAAUUCCCGCUGGACGGAGGGCCUGAUCUCCGCAUCCAAAGCCGUGGGCUGGGGAGCCACCGUCAUGGUUGACGCCGCUGACCUGGUGGUGCAAGGAAAAGGCAAAUUCGAGGAGCUGAUGGUGUGCUCUCAUGAGAUCGCGGCUAGCACUGCCCAGCUGGUGGCUGCCUCCAAGGUGAAAGCGGAUAAGGACAGUGCUAACCUGGCCAGGCUCCGGCAGGCAUCUCGAGGAGUCAACCAGGCCACCGCCGGGGUGGUGGCCUCCACCAAGUCAGGGAAGUCUCAGAUUGAGGAGAAAGACAGUAUGGACUUCUCCAGCAUGACACUAACUCAGAUCAAGCGCCAGGAAAUGGACUCGCAGGUGCGAGUGUUGGAGCUGGAAAACCAGCUGCAGAAGGAGCGCCAGAAGCUGGGAGAACUCCGCAAGAAGCAUUAUAAGCUAGCGGGCGUGGCGGAGGGCUGGGAUGAGGACGCUGCAGAGUAG